CUUCGUUUCCCAUCCCUUCUCUCUUUUCCAUUGCUUGCGCUCUUGGCGUUCUUCUUUCCCUUUUGGCCGUUUCCAUUCCUCUUCAAAGCUGAGUAUUUGCUCUCUUUUUCUCUGCCUUCUCUUUUUUGGGUGAUUAGAGGGAUUCUCGUUAUUUUGGUUGAUUUUUUUGCGGUAGAUGUCUUGUUCUGGAGAGAAAUCCAUUAAAAAAAAUUGAUUUUCUGCGUCCUGAUUCGCCUGAUUUCUCUUUGAUUUCUGGGUGUUCUGGGAUUUCUACGGCAUCUUACGGUUGUUAUCUUGUCCUGGAAAUGGAUCCCUGUUCCAAAAUCCGAUCUUUCUGAGUGUGAGGUUGGAUUUUUUUUUUUUGUUUGCUAUUGUUGUUUGUGCCGAUUUCUGGAUUAUUGCAUCGUUGGGUUGGUAUCUCUUUUGGGAAACGAAGCCCUGUUCCAAAAUCCAAUCUUUUUGAAGGUGGGUUUGUUCUGUGUUUUGGUUUCUUUCAUUAGUUCUUUCGGUUGACGCAAAACCCUGUUCCAAAAUCUCUCCUUCUGGGGUCCUCCGGACGAAUUCCGCAUUCUCUCAGACAAUAUUGCCUUCAAGAUAUCAACUUUCUUGCUGUUUUGAUCAAAUUUCACCUCGCGUUGGCUCGAAUCCGGCGUUGCAUCAAUCGGUUCAGCUCCAGUUGUCUUCCAUCAAAACCCUCCUUUCUGCUCCCACCGAUUGCCCUGGAGAUCCCUGUUCAUGAUAUCCAUGUUCUCGUUCCGAAUUCCAUUAAAAGCGCCUCUUUAGCCUUUAUGAACUGCGCCACUCACAUCCGCCGCAGCUGCUUCCUCCACUCCUUCUCUGUGGUGUUCCUCUACCAUUUCUAUGUGAUCUCAUGAGCUAAAUCUCUCACCUUGGUUACUUCGAAUCGAUAUAGACUGUGAAUUCUCAAUCAAUUCGAUUCCUGGAUACCUUGUGAUUGGAAGGCUAAGAUGUCGUCGGCGCCAGCUCCCCAGACUUCGGGUUCCGAGGAAGAUGCGCAGCUCAUGAUGGAUGAGAGGAAGAGGAAGAGGAUGCUCUCAAACCGGGAGUCGGCGAGGAGGUCCCGGAUGAGGAAGCAGCAGCACCUUGAUGAUUUGAUGAGCCAAGUGGCUCUGCUCAAGGAGGAGAACAGCCAAAUUUCAAUGCAGAUCAAUCUUUUCACGCAGCAAUAUGUGAGGCUGGAGUCUGAGAACACAGUUCUGAGGACCCAGCUGAUGGAAUUGACCGACCGGCUUCGGUCGCUGAAUUCGCUCCUCCACCUUGUCGAGGAGCUCAGUGGGAUGUCGAUGGAUAUACCCGAGAUACCGGACCCCUUCCUCAAGCCAUGGCAGGUCCCUUGCCCAGCCCAGCCGAUCGUGGCCUCGGCCGAGAUGUUCCAGUGGUGAAGCUUCAGUUGAUCUUGUCAGAGCUGUGGUAGUUCCAUGAGCUGUUAGUUCAGGUGUUUGCUGCAUGAUCCUUUGUUACUUGCCAAUCUUAAAUAGUAUUGUUCUUAGUUCUGGGUGUUAUAGUGUAGUAUGUGUAAAUGUUUCUGUUUAAUGUGAAUGUAAGAGAUCAGCUUUUAUUUGAUGUUCUUGUGUCAUUGGUGUGAGACUUUGAUCAUUUUGGAAUGCAAUUAUAGUUUGUGUC